GGAAAAUGGACAUAGCGUCUGACUCUGCCAUGCUGUCACUUCUGAAGAGAAGUUUGUCUACCCAGAGUCCAGGAAACCAACAGAGGUUUUCCAGACGACCUGCAGACAGAUGUGGACGCUGCUGCUGCUCUCAUCACUCAAGAAACCUGGAGCGACCUGCCUGGACCCAGAUGGCAGCAGCAUGCCACCGUGAGCAGCAUUGAGCCGUCCUCCUUCAUCCACCUGUCUCCUCUCUCCACCUGGUGAAGAUGUAGUCUGUUUGAUCUCCAUGGAGAUGUCUCCAGACACAGCUUCCUCUGCCUUGUUGCUACGCUCCUUGUGGUUGCUGUUUCUCCUGACCCCCAUCACCGGGACGACAGACUCUGCCCCCACACCUGACACGUCUCGGUCUUUCAAUACCACAUUGUUGUUCGACAGUGGCGCCCCAGGCUACAGCUUGAGGAACUGCAGCUGCUCUGCACCUGUGCUGGACUGUGAUGAAGCCCUGGCCAACUCUCUGUGCAGGUGUCACACUGUCCUGCGCUCGGCUCUGCCCCUCGCUGGGCUCAGAGAUCCUGGACAGCUUACUGUCUGGGUGAAGGAACUCUGGGUCCUGGAGGAGCUGCUGAACAGAAGCAUGGUUGGCCAUUUACACUUGUCUUUCUGUGGAAUAAAACCAAUGCACAGUCAGUACCUUGCUCUGCUGGGUCUGCAGACCCUCAGGAUCCACAGUGCAGCAGCAGAAGCUCCGUAUCGCAACCAGGAAAUCACACUCCUCCCUGCAGGGGGGGCUGCAGUGGAGCUUGAGGCCCUGUCCUUUGACCUCUCCUCCUCCUUCCACCUGACCAUCCUGGAUGUGGCCGUGCUCAAUGGACGCUCUGCCCUGAAGGCGUACAGUGUUGUGGGACCACCUGCUCCCACCCUCUCCCAGCAUUUCCCCCUCCUGGCCAGUCCCCUCACUCUUGGGGACCCUGUGGACCCUGUAGACCCUGUGGACCCUGUGGACCCUGUGCACCCUGGAGAUCAGGCUGCAGAGCCUCUGCAAAAACUGCUCGUCACAUUUGUCUACUGACAACAAGUUCUCACUGGAGCAUAGUCAGGUCUGUAGCAGGAGAGACAGCUGGUGCACAGGGAUCAUAUACAACACAGCUGAAGGUUUUUACCCUGACACGUCUCAUCUGACACAUUCUCUGUGGAGUAGAUCACAGUUUGUGUGAAUGUUAGUCUGAACUGUCUCCAGAUGCUUUUUCUUCAAAGAGACGCUGAUUUCAUUUGGACUGCUGUUUUCAUCCCUGCUGACAUAUCUCUACAGCCAUAACCCACACCGACCCAAGACUGGGUCCUGCUCAGACCAGCUGCAGUCUGUGGUGUGUACACAGGCUUAACUGUUUACAUCCAUUAAUAUUAUCUCAUAGCCUUAAUGUCUAUAUACAGGUCAGUGUGUUACAGGCUCGUAGACACUCUGAUCACCUACUACAAAUAAUUCAGUUUAUUAACACCCCCGCUAUAAAGAAGCUUCACAGUUCAUAGGUCAUAGGUCAUAGAUCACUUCAAACAAACAGGUCAUUCAUUUGAAUUGCACACAGACGUGAUCUGGUCAGAGUCUGUGUAUAUUCCUGUCUCGAGAUCGUGGUGCGACUGGGGAUUUGAUAUUGUGGCUCCAGUUCCAAGACUGAGACCUGGAUCCACAUUCUGUCAUAUAUAUCUGUCUCAUCAGUCUACUCUGGUGAGGGUCCAGCAGCAGAACACAGAUCCUCUGAUCUGUGUAGAACCCAGAACACUUGGGUUCUAUCACAUUCUGCUUCUGUGACGCUUCAGUGUCAGGGUCAGCUGAUCAGCACAGUUUAGCUUUGUUAGCUCAGCUGACUGAUGAGUGACCAGGACAGGUAACAGGUCGAGGUAGGGUGAUCAGGAGUUUUACACAGUUGUAAAUGUUGGUAAAACAUGUCAGUGUUAAAAUAUAAGACGACAUGUUGACAUGGUUCAGAGCUCUGAUGUUGGAGGGGUAGAUGGUUACCAUGGUAACAUCACUGUGUGUCCACAUCUGGCCUGAAAACAUUUCCUGUCGUUCAGAUACUGUAUGUCAUAUCGGUACAUCAGCAGGGGCGUUAGUGAGGAGGCUGUGACUUGGAGUAUCCAUGUGGACACUAGAAUCCUAACCCCAUCUUAACAUCAGGACAGGGUUCAGCUCAGAGGAGAGCAGCAGCAACAUCCCUUGUCAUAGCUAGGUUACGACAACAUGUAGCCAGAGUCUUUAAGGGCUCACCCAUUACCCCAGACCACUUACCUCACAUAUCUGCUGGUCCACCAUAGAGUCUGCUGGUCCACCAUAGAGUCUGCUGGUCUACCAUAGAGUCUGCUGGUCCACCAUAGAGUCUGCUGAUCCACCAUAGAGUCUGCUGAUCCACCAUAGAGACAGGGGACAAAGGUAGUCACAGCAUUAACCAACAGUCAGAUCCCCGGCCCAAAACCACAUCUAAUUCCAAAAAAAGGUGGGUUCCAGCAGUGUGACACCAAAACAGUGAGCAGACCUGGACUCCAGAGCAUCUGACAUACCUUGAUCACAGACUCCAUGCUCCAACUGAAGUUGUUGUGUGAUGAACGUCUUUCUGAGACACUUUGUGUAGUUUUUGACUUUG